AAUAUCUAGUCAAUGAACAGGAAACCAGUCUCCAGAACAACAUGGAUCAGGGAAUAGAAAAAUUUUACGGUGAUGCCAAGAAACAUUGGGAGUCAAUUCCUCCAACAGUUGAUGGAAUGUUGGGUGGAUUUGCAAAGAUUUCACCUACAGACAUUAACGGUUCAAGAGAGUUUAUAAGACCAUUUAUAACGAUGGGUGGAGGAGAAACUGAAACAACCAGGGCCUUAGACUGUGGGGCAGGAAUAGGCAGAAUUACAAAAAGACUUUUAUUACCAAUCUUCAAAGAAGUUGACAUGGUGGAGCUCAGCCAGAAUUUCUUAGACCAGGCACCAGCUUUUAUUGGAGAAGAAUUUUCAAAAGUCAAGAACCGAUUUUGUUCUGGAUUACAAGACUUUUGUCCAGCAGAAGGACAUUAUAAUGUGAUUUGGUGUCAAUGGGUUUUAGGACAUUUGAAAGAUGACGAUUUAAUAAAGUUCUUUCAAAGAUGUCAAAAAGGACUUUCAGAAAAUGGUUUGAUUUUUGUUAAAGAAAAUGUAACCUCUGAUGAGCGAGAGUUUGACUCAGAAGACAGUAGUUAUACUAGAAGUUUAGACAAUCUCAGAUCUCUCAUAGAAAAAGCCGGUCUCAAAAUAAUAUUAGAUAGAAAACAGAAAGGUUUCCCAAAAGCACUUUAUAAUGUGUAUAUGUUUGCUGUGCGGUAAUGGCUUAAUAAACUUUUAAUUUUAAUUAA